AUAUGUGUAUAUAUACACGUAUAUAUAUAUAUAUAUACACACACACACGCACAGAUACACAUAUGUGUGUGUAUGUAUAGAGGUGUAAAUAGUUAUGAAUUCUUUCAUGACUGAAGAAUUGUAAAAAGCCCUGUUGUGGGGGUUGGUUCCACCAUUAAUCAAAUAAGGAAUUUGUCUACAAGACCAAGCAUCUGAUGAAACUCAUGUAUUGGAAUUUAUGUGUCUUCGAGAAGGAAAUACAUGAUGAGUCUACAAACAUCAAACGUGGCUUCAGAGCAAGGACGUACUCACUUGAAAAGAAGACAUUAGAAGCAUUUGAAAUCAGACAGCUCAAUAUGACAAAAAAGUUAAACUGCUGACGGACGGACAGCCGGCUUACAACUUCUCUGGAUACGGGUAUGGAACACAAGAAGAGUGCAGGGGGCUUGGUCAGCGUUUUACCAUCGACACCGCAACAUCACCACCACCACCACCACUAUCAACACAACAACAACAACAACAAUAAUAAUAAUAUCAAUGUUAAUAACAAUAAUAACAGUAAUAAUGAUAAUCACCAUUACGAAGAAAAUGAGCAGCAGCAGAUACUCGGAGAGCCAACAGUGGCCACUGACAUCGUCACUGGAUCCACUCUUGCCAUACGUUGUAAGGCGGGUUCGAACCCCGUUGCUAAUGGUAUCAACGGUUUAGACGGUGAGAACCCGACAAUGCCCACCACUGCUGUUAGUAUAACUGGUACUGCUAUUAUUACUACUGCUACUGCUAAUAAUGAAGGUGGUGAUGGUAGUGGUGGUACCACCACCACCACCACCACCACCACUACUACUACUACUACUGGUGCCACCGCUGCCGCCGUUCGCCCUCCAACUCUCUGCUCCCUCCCACUGCGGUGUACGUCGUCGACUGCUCCUCAUUCCUUUUCUCCUUCUGUAGUAUCGACUACUGCUACACACCAACAUCAUCGUCGUCAUCAUCAUCAUCACCAUCAUCCACAUCACCAUCAUCAUCAUCAGCAUCAUCUCCAGCAGCAGCAGCAGCAGCAGAUCGACUCUUCUCCACUCAUCUCGUCUUCUUCUUCAUCCAACCACAUCAGCAACACCACCACCACCACCCGUAGUUACAACGGUGCUGCUAUUACCACUACCACCACAAUCACUAACUCCAUCACCACCGGCAUUAACAGCAGCAGCAGUAACAACAACAACAACAGCAUCUCCCUCUCGUCGUCGACCUCGUCAUCGUCGUCUUGUCCAUCUUCCACCACGCCAUCGCCGCCGGGCCCCCCAAGCUGUGUCGGGUCGACAACUUCCCCGUCACCCGUCUUAGGGAUGGCUCCUACAACAACGGUACUACUCCCUGACAACGGCCCCUCCUCUCAGCCAGGGGCCUGUUGCCCUUCACAGUCACGUGCGCCAGUCUCACCCACACCAACUACAGAAGAGAGCAAUGUGCUCGCAGCUGAUUCUAACAGUCCUAAACAGACGUUUGUUCCAUGUAAAGUAUGUGGAGACAAAGCCUCAGGGUAUCAUUAUGGAGUAACAUCGUGUGAAGGUUGCAAGGGCUUCUUCCGACGCAGCAUUCAGAAACAGAUUGAAUACCGGUGCUUACGUGAUGGAAAGUGUAUGGUAAUCAGACUUAACAGGAAUCGCUGCCAGUACUGCCGCUUUAAGAAAUGUUUGGCUGUCGGAAUGUCCAGAGAUUCUGUGCGAUAUGGCAGGGUUCCAAAACGCAGCAAGAGUUUAGACGAUCAACGUAUUGGCAUAGCCGACUCAAGUCAAGACCCUACGUCACUGGAGAAGAAACAGUUGGAGAUAUACGACACCAUAUUGAGUGUGUCGCAGGCCCAUUUGGCAAACUGUGCAUUGACUGAGGAUAAAUUGAAAAUGCAGCAACGCAAGUCUGCCUCUUUGUUAGACUCUAUUUCGAUCUCAACCUCACUGCAACUGACUGAAGAAGAAGUAAAAACACACCGACUUCUGAUGUGGGAGAAUCUAGCCAGUCUUAUAACACCUUCAAUACAAAGUAUUGUGGAAUUUGCCAAAAGACUUCCAGGUUUUGCAGAUCUUUCUCAGGACGACCAAUUGAUCUUAAUAAAAUCAGGCUUCUUUGAAAUGUGGCUUUCCCGACAAGCACGGACUUUUGAUUCCCAAGAGGACUGUCUUACUUUUGAAGAUGGUAGUACAAUUGUGAAGAAGGAGUUGGUGGCAGUGUACCAGAUGGAUUUUGUAAACACCAUGUUUGAAUUAACAUCUAACUUCAACAUGCUCAACCUGAACGAUACAGAAAUUGCUUUAUUUGUUGGAAUAGUCCUUGCCACUGCAGACCGCCAGGGUCUCACCAACACCAAGGCUGUGGAGAAAAUCCAAGACAAGCUUAUCGAAGCUCUUAAGCUGCAGAUCAGUCGCAAUCACUCAACCGAGGAACAUCUUUAUGCAAACACCAUCAUGAAACUUCCUGAGCUGCGGACUCUUGGCACCUGGCACAAUGAACUCUUACAGUGGUAUCGCUCUCAGUGGAAACGGCUCAAAGUGCCGCCUCUCUAUGCCGAAAUAUAUGAUAUUCCUAAAAACGAGGAAGAUGCCCAAGGAACCUUCCUCAGAAGCUGAGCUGUUCCUUUAUUGUGGCAUCUUCUUCUGAAGAAGUUCUGUACGUAUCUCAGUUCCAAAUUUUGCUUUUCAACUUUUGUUUUCAUUCUUUACUCCCCUUCAAGGCACCCACUACUACUACUACUACGACACUUUUCGUUGUUUUGGGGUCGAUAAAAUAAAUACCAGCUGAGCACUGGAUUUGAUCUUAUCAAUUUUCUCCUCCUCUCAAAAUUGCUGGCCUUGUGCCUAUACUAGAAACGAUUAUCAUUGUUAUUAUUAUUAUUAUUAUUGUCAUCAUUAGGCAGUGAGUUAGCAGAACUGUUAGCAUGCCGGACAAAAUGUUGAGUGGUCUUUCAUCCGACUUUACAUUCUGUGUUCAAAUUCCGCCGAGGUCAACUUUGCCUUUCAUCCUUUCAUGGGGGUCGAUAAAAUAAAGUAUGAACCAAGUACUGGGGGGUAAUUCAAUGUAAUCAAACCCCACCCCCGCUCCCUUUAAUUACUGGCCUUAUGCCAAAAUUUGAAAUCAUAAUUAUUAUUAUUAUUAUUAGAAUUGGCAUGUGGUUUUAAUACAGUUAUUGAACUCUCUCGUUAGAUUCUUUCCCAUUCUGCAUGGAAACAUUUCCAUUCCUUAAAUCUGUAUUAUUAUUAUUAUUACUACAAGCCACCCCACCCCACCCGACUUUCUGAAUUCCAAAUCUCAGCAAGGGAGACAACUCAAUUGACUCUACGCUGCUCUUUUACACGAUUUGUCUUUUAAUGAUGCCGAGAGUCAAAAGAAGAAUCUGUUGUUUGUAGACUUCUUUUUUACCAUUCUUGGAAAUAUCGGUAAAAGGAAGUGGCUACAUUGAAAUAAAGAAUGAAAAGAAAAAAAAAAGCAAGAUUGUAAAAUAAUAAUAAUAAUAAUAAUAAUAUUCUACCAUUGUUACCCUCUUUGUAUGUCAUUUGAUUUGAUUUGGCAGGGAGAAAAAUAAUUGAAAGGGUACCUUAUGAUGUAAAAAAAAAAAAAA